GCUGUGUGUCGCAGCUUUGGUGACGCUUUUCCAAUCGACUCCAGAAAACUCUCCGCCGCCGCGGCCUAGCGCUCCCGGUCCCUCUUUCCCGUUAUUUUAUUCGCUCAUGUCCGUCUCUCCGAACCCGAACCGAGCGGUACCCGCUGCCUUAUGAGGCGCUGAACACGGGACUGUCGAUUUAAACGGAGUUUUUACCCGGAAGGCGAGUGAAAUAACAGUAAACAGAGAGUGAGGGAGCGAUGACAUCCCGAAGGUGGUUCCACCCCAACAUCACUGGAGUGGAGGCGGAGAACCUUCUCCUCACUCGUGGUGUGGACGGCAGUUUCUUGGCCCGUCCCAGCAAAAGCAACCCUGGAGACUUUACGCUCUCUGUCAGGCGAAAUGGCGCCGUCACCCACAUUAAGAUCCAAAACACGGGAGACUAUUAUGACCUGUACGGUGGAGAGAAGUUUGCCACUCUGGCUGAGCUGGUGCAGUAUUACAUGGAACAUCACGGACAGCUGAAAGAGAAAAACGGAGAUGUCAUUGAGCUGAAAUACCCGCUCAACUGUGCCGAUCCCACUUCUGAGAGGUGGUUUCAUGGUCACCUAUCUGGUCGUGAGGCCGAGAAGCUGUUGACAGAGAAGGGCAAGAAUGGAAGUUUCCUGGUGAGAGAAAGUCAGAGUCACCCGGGAGAUUUUGUGCUCUCCGUACGGACCGGAGACGACAAGACGGACACCAGUGACGGCAAACCCAGAGUCACACACGUUAUGAUACGCUGCCAGCAUGAUCUUAAGUAUGAUGUUGGAGGUGGGGAGAAAUUCGAUUCGCUCACAGAUCUGGUGGAGCAUUACAAGAAAAACCCUAUGGUGGAAACACUGGGGACAGUCCUGCAGCUCAAACAGCCUCUGAACACUACCCGCAUCAAUGCAGCAGAGAUCGAAAGUCGGGUACGAGAGCUCAGCAAGCUGGCAGAGACCACAGAUAAGGUCAAGCAGGGAUUCUGGGAGGAGUUUGAGACGCUUCAGCAGCAGGAGUGUAAACUGCUCUACAGUCGCAAAGAGGGCCAGCGGCCAGAAAACAAAAACAAGAACAGAUAUAAAAACAUUCUUCCCUUUGACCACACGCGAGUCAUGCUGACUGACGGUGACACGAACGAACCGGGCUUGGACUACAUCAAUGCCAACAUCAUCAUGCCUGAUAACGAGACUAAGAGCAACAAUUCCAAGUUGAAGAGGAGCUACAUUGCCACGCAGGGCUGCCUGCAAAACACCAUCAGUGACUUCUGGAGGAUGGUGUUUCAGGAGAACUCUCGAGUCAUCGUCAUGACCACGAAAGAAGUGGAACGGGGAAAGAGUAAGUGUGUGAAGUAUUGGCCUGACGUGUCUGCGCUGAAGGAGUACGGAGCCAUGCGUCUGCGGAACGUGAAGGAAACGUUGGCGCACGAUUACAUCCUGCGAGAGCUGAAGCUGUCAAAAGUUGGACAGGGAAAUACUGAGCGUACAGUGUGGCAGUACCAUUUCCGCGCCUGGCCUGACCACGGUGUGCCUGGAGACCCGGGAGGCGUGCUGGACUUCCUGGAAGAGGUCAAAAUGAAGCAGGAGAGCAUAACCGGGGCUGGAGCCAUCGUGGUGCACUGCAGAUUUAUAAAGAGAGGAAAAAGUAAAAUUAAAGGACGCGAGUACACCAACAUCAAAUAUUCUCUCUCUGACCUGACUGGAGGAGAUCAGAGCCCUCUGCCACCGUGCACGCCAACACCAACCUGUGCCGACAUGAGGGACGACAGUUCUCGAGUCUAUGAGAAUGUGGGUCUUAUGCAACAGCAGAAGAGUCACAGAUGAGACUGUCCAAAUCACAGACAGGAACUGUUUUUGUUGUUGCCAGACGCUCCUGAACACUUAAGAAGGGAUCAUGACUAAACGGAGAGACGACAAAAAAACAACAAAGGAAAAAAAACAAAAAAAAAAAAGAAGAAAAACAAAUUCCAGAGACCGGUCAACACAAGCUCAGAGACAUGUGGAUGGAGUGAAUUUUAUUUCUCCUUCCAGCUACGUAGCCUUUUAACCCCACACUAAGAAACCACUGUGACGAUCAUGAAGCCUUAUACAGAAUAAACCCAAAACAGCCCCUUGCAAAAUCAUGUUUUUUUGGGGGUGUGGAGUUUUCUGAAAUCGAUUCAGGCUACUUUUAGCGAGUGUGGGAAAAGCUUACGCUCUUUCGUUCCUCUCUUACAUUGUUGUUUCUUUUUCCAUCUCUUCUAAACAAAGCAAGAACGCUUUCUGGAAUACAUCUAGUGUGAUAUUCAAACAGAAAAUGGACACUAUCAUCACAUACUCCUUUGCUAAAAUAAUUGGGAAUAGAAGAAAAGCGAAAAGAAUGAGGUGCAUCCCUUUCCUCGGCAAAUGAAAGAGAUGCACCUCAUCUUUCCAAUACAGUUCAUUCAUUUUAUAUUCAGUAAAAGUGGCCCGUUUGUGCCAUUCGAGUGCUAGUGCUAAAUUCAGAUCAGAGGAUCUGAAUCAUUCUAGUCCACUUUCACAGCCUCUGCCUUCAGUUUAAGCCCAGCGUCCUUAAGACUUUGCUUCAAACGGCAGGAGAAACUUCAGCACACCUUCGGUUUGCCUUUUCGCCCCCCUCGAGAGCGACGUCCUGACUCUUCCGUGGGACAAAACGUCCGUGUCACUGGCUUGUUUGUGUUACUGAAUUAUUGUUCUGCUGCAUCAGGCCACCCAGCAGCUGCUUUGGCUUGACUGCGAAAUCUGGUUCUUAUUAAUUUUUAAUGAUUUUGCUGUCUUUAAAAAAAAACAAAAAAACACAAAUUUGUAUUUACGUCAAAGCAGCGUAUGAACUUAAUUCCCAGAUCACUGUU